UAAACAAAUCUGACAGGAAUGACACAUCAGUAGAACAAGUUACCCACAGCCACUGUAAUAAAUCACCGCAAGUUUUCUCAGGCCAAUGACUGAAACUUUCUGGAGAAAGAAUUAUGCAAACAACAGGCUUUUUGCACCCUAAACUAGCAAAUACUUCCGGAUCUCAGAACGGAAAGGUGGGGUCUCGCCACGUCUCAUUGCUUUACAGAGCUCAGAUCCCUUAAGAACCACAGCCGCCUUAUCUGGACCUUGCCACGACCAUAGAGGAGAAGCCACUGACUCCACAAACAGGCACUUCGCUUGGGUUCAAAAAGUCAUCCAGCUGCAGCAGAAUGUUUAAGAAAGUCCCCCGAUCCAUAGUCAAGCAAGUGGAAUCAGGAGCAGACCUGGUCCCAGUUCCCAACAUCUUAGACCAUAAGCAUUUCAGACCCCUCAGACUAGUGAUGAGACCAGAGGAAAAAUGGUUCUGUCGAUCUCCCCCCUACAAAAGGACAUUUUACAGCCUUGAAGACGUGCUGCUGCCUGGAGGAGAUGAUAAAAGCACAGAGCCCCUCUUUCUCAAAGGAGGCAGCCAAGGUUCAGCACAAUUUACGGUCACAAAAAGGGUCAGUGACAAGGUUGAUGGGAAUGUAAGCGCUUCUGUUGAACGCGUCGGCGGAGAGGUGAAUGCAGGCAUCUCCUUGUCCAAAGAGUGGUCCAUCAAGCUGGAGAAGAAAGAAAUACCAGUAGAAGAACUUGAGGCACUGCCUACAAAAAGAAAAAUAAAUAUGAAUCACCCCCUCAUUCAACAACUACAGAAAACAAAAUGGCGUUUAUACGUGAUUUAUGAAACAAUAGAAGCCUCAGAAGAGACCACAUACAAGGAAUCUGCAGAGGCGGGGGGGGGCGCGAUGGCCCGGUUUUACGCCACGCUCUGUGUCAAGGGCAGCAAAGACAACAAAGAAAGCAUUACUAUACCUAAAGGCUGCACCCUGGGAUUCCGGGUAAUCCCGCUGCGUGUUGAAAAUGGAUCAUGGGAUGUUGAGAUUUUCUCAAUGAGAGCUCAAGAGGAAUUCCUGUUCGUCUCUGAUGGUUUCUCAAGAGGAGAAUUAAGAAGACUGGAGGCAGAAGUUGAAAAUAAUUGUCAAAUUCUCCCCAAGCUCUCUCUUAAUGUGUCCAUCAAACUUUUAGAAGCCAUCAAAGCCGUGAUGGGAGACACAAAUCUCUUUCGAGAAUUGAGCCAGAAAAUGGAGGCAGUGCUUUGUGGAACUGAUAAUUGUGAGCUGAAAACAGAAAGCCCCAAAUUAAAAGACCUGCUGGACAUCCUACGGAAUUCCUCAAGACAACUUCUCCUUCAGAUGGCAGAAGCCAUUGCCUACAUUCUUGAGGCAUUAGAUGAGCUAACAGAGGAUCAGCUGCUGCUACUGCUGACGUCCUUGGAAGAGAAGAUUGUGCCCCAACAGCUCAACCUGGUUAAGAGCAUCUUGGAACACGACAUAGAAAAUGAGAAGAGUUUCAGCGUGGACGCCAGGUUGCUCUCCUUCUCGCAAGAGAAAGAACAAGAACUGACCCUCGCAAUGAUUGAGAUGAGCGGAGCGACGCUCCGGAAAGACGGAUCUGUUGUCUGUAAGGAAGAUGCCUUCUUGGCCAUAGCAGCCCUGUGCGUGUCUCUGUACGUCCUCAAUCUUCUGAGUAAACAGACUGGGCUACGUGUGGCCUCCCAUUAAGAAUGGCUUAAAGGGAAUCACUUGACAAGUCCGUUACUGCAAGACAGCUUCUCUCUCUAAACCUUACCCCCCCAAAGGUGAGGUAUUCCUUAUUA